UUCUGGGCAGAGAACUUCGCCUACAAUAUGAUAUAAUACGCUUACCAAAAGAGCUCGACGCUGCAGUAGGCGACCCACUUCUCGGCGCCCUGGCCAAGCUGUACCAUAUGCUGCGCUCUCCAGGGAUGAACGUGAGCUACGUUCUCAACAUGCUAGCUGUCUCGCACCAAGCUACAGGCCCUGGUUCUGUUCGCUACCGGCACCGCUGUCAAUUCCCCGUCGACGCGUCGAGAUGCCACCAACCGCAUUGGUGGGAAAGCCCCGAAGACAGCCUCCCACAACAAGCGAGUGCCGACAUGUUAAUAUUCACUGCCCAUUGAUACAAAUUUGAGGGUGGUAUUUCAAGACCCCGUCUUUCUGUACCUCUGUGGACAUUCUUCCAGCAGUAGACUCAGCAUGCCCGGUUAUAUAACCCUUAUCAUGACCUCCGGGCCGUCUUCUAUACCUAUCCUACCAGAUGAAGGUGUUAGGACUCCAAAUGCGGCAGUCAUUCAAACUACUAUGACUGCCCCCGUCGCUCCAACUACUGCUAGUGCCCCCAUCACUGCGACUACUACGAGUGCCCACGGCAUUCAAGUGGUCACGGGCUGAUAUGUUCAACCAAGCUUCCGGCCUAGAACAAGAUAUGCUCGUUAGCUUACGUGGGCACUGCGCGUCGAGCAUGACUGCGCUGGCACAGUUUGGGUGUUCCAGAACAAUAUGGUGCUCACAUGAACCCGGGUCGUACAAGGUGGAAAAUUGGAUUUGCAUAUUGGAGGGCUCAGAACGGGUGAAAGGUCUCUCAUCAGUCCGGUACUAGGUCAUAGGCCCUAAUGGCACCCAAAAAUUAUUUUAUAAUCAUUUAUUACCAG